AAACUUCCCCUCAUUUUGUGCACCCUCAAGAUAUCACGUGAAUUCCUGUAGGAGUGCGUUUUGUGUGGUGACACUCUUUCAGGAUAUUGCACCCGUGAUUUUUGCAGAAGUUCUGAAUUAGUCAUUCCUCUUGUGACAAUUUUAUUGUGUGAUAAGAGAGUUUUUUUCAAUUUGUGUGUAAAAUAUCACAAGACCGAGAAUCGCACGAAGACUCGCGCCGGGAUAAUGCGAAAAGUGCUUAUGUGUUGGCCAUACAAUUAAGUAGUGUCGACUCGAAAGUCAGUCAGUAGUGCUCCGGACAUCAAAUCAAUCGUUUCAUUUUUUUUCUGAUGUGUGUAAGACGGAAGAAAUUGUGAUAAUAUUUUUUCCAGCUCAUUCUGCCCUCGUUUUGUGUGUCUAAUCGAUUGAGAUUUUCCUCGGAGUGGAAGCUGUCAUCGGAUUUCCCCUUUUUUCUGGGGCCCUCUUCAAAAUUUUCCAUCAUACGGAGAACAAUUUUCCAGCAGCAUCUGAGAAUUGCAGUUAGAGAGGUGCAAAAUUAUUCUUCUCAAGUUGCAUUUUGCACUCUUGUGCUAAUAAAUCAAUAUUAAAGUGUGUCUGGGAACGUAAAUUUGACUCAGUAAAGGCUCUUCUGUUCUUUGCAUAGGCGAAGACGAUGGAGAAUCUUUGAGAAAUCAACCAGCUAAAGAGUUGUAUUUUGCCCAAGAGUUGCUUAUCACACUAAUUUUUCCCACAAUUCAUGCUAAAAAAAACAGCGUUAACAAGGUUCAAAAUUGCAAGUGUGUGUCAAGCUUUUAUCGUGGUGCUCCACAAAAGAAAAGAAAAUAUUGCCAGAGAGGAGAAUUUUAAGAAAAAAAAUAAGGCUUGAGAUAAGAGUGGUUGCUGUUGAAUCAAGAUUGAGAUUUCCAUAUAACAUUAUUUUCUAAAAACUUGGGCGAGCUUUAGUGUGACAAAUUGUGCUGAAAUUAGCUUUAAAUAAAUAGAAAAAAAAUCUUCUGUGAGCAAUGGAAGUGUGCUGCUUGAAGAUGGCAUCUAGGUGCAGACCUCGAUCUGCCCUGAUGGAUGGAGUUCGUUUGCCACCAGUGGGUUCAUCCCAGCAUGAUUGUGGUUCACUGUCGCGAGUUGUGAUGGUGAGGAAACGCGAUCAGCGCCUGAUCAACCACAAAGGACAGGGUGAAAAUCAAUGUGAGAUCGUCACAUUUGAAACCAUCCAGACGUACAAAGGACACAAGCCCGACAGGACGAUUGUGCUGAAGGAGACAUGCGAUGUGGGUGAUUUAUCUGAAUCCAUGAGGAAUUCACUGAGCUCCAUGAAAAUCUGCCCAAGUACACCACAAACGCCAAUGGCACCCAAUUCUCUGGAACCACCAGCAAUUACCAAUGGUAUUUCGGGAAAUUCCACUCCGAAAUCUUCACGGCAAAAUAGCCCCAAUCCUGGUUCCAAGUCCCCUACUAGUCGCACUAUGAAUCUCAGUCUACGUCACAAAACACCAUCACCCACAAUGAAGAGGCGUCCCGGAACUGCUGCAAUUUUUACAGAAUUUGAGGUGGAAUGUCUGAAGGCUCACAAUGAUUUCCGUGUACGACACUGUGUACCACCGUUGAGGCUGAACAAGAAACUCUGCCGGCAUGCCGAAGAGUGGGCAAAGAUAAUUGCGGCCCGGGGAACUCCUGUGCACAGAAACAAUUCACCUUAUGGAGAAAAUAUUUUCUGUGCUUGGUCCUCAGGGGGUGGUGGGGGUGUAAGUGUGUCUGGGAGGGAUCCAGUGGAGAAUUGGUAUGCCGAAGUGUCCAAUCAUGCUUUCCAUCGGGAGCCCAGUACGCUCAAAACGGGUCACUUUACGCAGGUUGUGUGGUUGGAUAGUCGGGAUUUGGGUGUUGGACAGGCUCGUAAUCGGUCAGGGCAGGUUUUUGUGGUGGCCAAUUAUGAUCCACCUGGCAAUUUUAUCGGGAGUUUUACCGAAAAUGUGCCCCCAGUGGGUGGUUUCAGACGUAUACGUGAGAUUGAGAGUGAGAAGAGUUCUCCUACAGUUCACUUUGAGGACACAAUUGAUCUCCGGGAGUUUUCAGAUGCAAUUUUGCAUCAUCACAAUGAAUUGAGGCGGAAACAUGGGGCUUCAGAGUUGAUAAUUUCGCCAGAAGUGACUCUAGUGGCACAGGAAUGGGCUGAGAUCCUUGCAGCUCAGGAUAGAUUUGCUCAUAGACCCAAUUCGUCCUAUGGUGAGAAUAUUUACUGCCUUUGGACGUCAGAGAGCAAUGCAAGGGCAAAACCUAGGGAUGUUUGUCGUUCGUGGUACGAAGAGGGUAAGGGUUAUACGUAUGGUGUAGAACCCAAAGGUAUACUCAGGGCAGGGCACUUCACCCAACUCAUCUGGCGAUCGUCUAGGUAUUUGGGAGUGGGAAUGGCUAGGACACAAAAGGGUAAAGUGAUCGUGGUGUGCAAUUAUCAUCCACGUGGGAAUAUUGGUGGCCAAUUUAUUGGGAAUGUACUCCGUCCCAAGAAUACAUAAACCUUUUAAAGCUUAUAGGACGCAAAUUUUUUUCUACACUUUUUGAACACCUCUUACGGCGUUAUCACACUUGCACAUUAAAAUUUUAAUGUGAUUCACAUUAAUUGUCGCUUGUGAGCGUCUAAAUAUGUUAUUUGUGUCUUUGAGUCACUUAAUAUUUGGGGUUUUUCUAUUUAUUGAUAAAGAAGUGGACUUGGCCUGCAAAAAUAAGUUUAAAUUUAUUUAAAGCAUAAAUAUUUUUCCACAUUAAAAAAUUAAAGAGAAAAUCGCAUUAAUUUUUCGCAUUAAUGCUAUAAAUCAAUUUAUAUCAAAUUUUGCGGGUCAAGUCUACCUUUUUAUUAACAAAUAGAUCAAAUUUUGAAUAUAAAAUGAUUCAAAUACACAAAUUACACAUUUGGACUCUCACCAUUGACAAUUAAUGUGAAUCACAUUAAAAUUUUAAUGUACAAGUGUUAAACGCCGUUAGAAUGCAACACUUAGUCACAGGAACUAUUCUAAUGGAGAGGAUGAGAAAGUUGUAGUAAAAUUUAAGAAGAAAAAAGCGCACAAAAGCUGCGCUUAUUGUAUUUUUAGCACUUAUUUUCGCGCCAAAUUUUCACACAAACUAUAAAAGAGAAUUUAUUAAAAAAAUACGAUAAUGAUAACUUUAUAAUUUUAAUAAAAUUCCAGAGAAGGAUUGGAAGAUGAUAAUGGUUUCUUGUCGUAAUUUGUAAGAGGUUUGGAAAGAAAUAUCGUAGAGUUUUCUUGUAACUUUGGGAUUAUUAAUAUUUAUUGUGCCAAUUUAUGAUUGAUUUCAGAACAAAAAAAUUCAAUCAAUUUUUUCUUAGUGUCAUAAAAAAAAAUAUUAGAAAAAUUUCUUUAAUGGAAUUUCACGCUAAAAUAGUCAAAAAGAAUAUAAAGCUAAAUGCAUUAUAGCUUGUUGAAGAUAACAAUGAAUGAACUCAGAGGACUGAAAUCUUGGGACUGACCGUAGUUAGAUAUUUUGUAAGAGAGUGCUAAUAAUGUAUCCAAAGAGAAGAUAUGUAUUUCAAUAAAAUUUAGCCGCAUUUUUUUCUUGUUAAUAAUUAAUAUAUUUAUCUAAUAUUUAGAAGAUUAACAUAACUUUUAACUUUAGCUCAUUACUAUAUAUAUAAUUCCUUUUCACCUCAUUUUUUCUUCUAAUGAUAUAAAUAAAGGAUAUUUAGUAAA